AUGCUGAGACCGCUGACACGACAUAUAUGGAGCUCUACACUUAUUCAAACACGAUCGAUCAGCUCUAAAGGUUCGAAAUUGCAUAAACCUGCUGCGGAGGUUUUGAGGUCCCGCCCUUUACCGACAGACUCCAUCGCAGUUGGUGCUCAUCAUAAUCUAGGAUUCUUAGAGUCAUCACAAGUAACUACGUCACCAAGUUUUGAUCCGUUCGAUAUGUCGCACGCUUCAACGCUCCGAGCAACUACACAAUCCAGAGACGUCAUGCAACUGUGGUCUUUGCUAGAGGCAUGUUUAUGCUCAAAAUAUCUUAACAGGGCUUUUUCCAUUCUACAGUCACUGUAUAUGAUUCGUUCGCACCGACCCUAUUUCAUUGAUGAUUAUAACAUGUAUUUAUCGAGUCUAGUGGAAAAAGGAUCGAUAAAAGCAAUUGAAGAGCUAGAUUCGAUUUUAGCCGAACAUCUGGAAAAAAAAUUUCCUGACAUUGAGUAUAAUGAUAAAACUCUAGCAAUAAUGAUUCAUAAUGCAUUAAAAUUUGACAGUGAAAAUCCAUCGACAAUAAAAAGCUUGAGAACGUAUUUGAAAAUGAACAUGAAUGGUGUCAAAAAGAUUAUGUCUAAUUUGGAUGUUCUCACUUUUUCUGAUUUUAAGAUCCUUUAUUGGAGGUUAAAUCUGAUUAGAGUAAGUGAUAUGCCUGAAACGGUUAAAAUAAUAGUGGAAAAACAGCCUAUCACGACUAAUUCGAAAAAUGACGUAGAGAUUGAUGAGCAACACCACAAAGAUGCUUCCUCAAGUCAUAUUUCCAAUGAAGACUCAGUAGCUCAUGACAUAGCUCACGAGAAUCUUGAUAACGCUUCACGGAACAACUUAUCAACGACCCCCGAGAGUAUUACACAGGUCAGCUUGGAUGCUGUUAGUGACUCACUGGAAAAAGAUGCCGAAAAAUUGAAGGCAGUUGAUACCCUCGGCAUGAGAGUCGUCAGGCACACUUUGUUGGGACUGUCGCUGAAUGAACAUCAAAGGAAGCAAAUUGCAAAGUUUCAUUUCGACGCCGAAAAGAAUCUCCUAAAUGUGGAUCAGAAUAAAAGCAUCGAUUUCUUUGAAAUUUUUCGCUCACUGAAAUCAGAUACAGAAAGGACUGCAUUUGAAAGUUCGCUUGACGAAUUUAACCAAGAUAGACAGCGUGCUCUGGAGAAUCGUGCAACAGAUGCAGCCAGAGAACGUUGGAAACAUGAUUUCGAAGAGGCUAGAGCAAGGGGGGAUCUUUCUAUCGAGAAGAAGCUUAAUGUAAAACUCUGGAAAUGGUACAACUCCAUGUUACCUUUAGUGAAGGAAGAAGUAAAACAGUGCAACGAAGCUAUGUCUGGUACUAUGCCCAAAUCAAAGGAUCUGAGUACGCAAGAAUUCAAACAGCAUAAAGCCAGAUUGGAGUACGGACCUUAUCUAUCCUUAGUAGACCCUGGAAAAAUGUGCGUCAUUACAAUCCUCGAGCUAUUAAAAUUGAACUCAACUGGAGGUGUCAUUGAAGGGAUGAGAACAGCUAGAGCGGUUAUCGCUGUAGGAAAGGCCAUAGAAAUGGAAUUCCGUUCUGAGCAACUGCUGAAGAGUGAGUCACAAGUUUUCAAAGAUGUCAACAGGAAAUCUCAUCAAUUCAAAAAAUAUGUUCAGAGAGCCAAGUCUAGUUUUAGAUCCAUUAAGAUAGAAGAAUCGAAAAUUGUCUGGCCUCAAUCAGCUCGUGCAAAAAUUGGGUCGAUUAUGAUAUCAAUGUUAAUUCACGUCGGCAAGGUGAAUAUUGAGGGUACAGAUCCUUUUACCAAGGAAAAAGUGUAUGGGGAAGCUCCUGCAUUUUCUCAUGGCUACCAAUACCAUAAUGGCUCCAAACUGGGUGUUUUGAAAAUACAUAGAUCUUUGAUCCAUCAACUCAACGGAGAAAGACUGGUCGCAUCAGUGCAGCCACAACUAUUGCCUAUGUUGGUGAAGCCUAGACAGUGGAAGAAUUGGAAGUCAGGCGGAUACUUUUAUACUCAAUCUACGCUUGUCAGAUCAAAGGAUUCUCCAGAACAAAUUGCUUAUUUGAAAGCGGUUUCUGAUGCGAAGGCAAUUGACGUAGUUUAUGACGGUCUGAACGUUUUAGGUGAAACCGCUUGGACGAUCAACAGAAAUAUAUUCAACGUUAUGUCAGAAGUGUGGAACAAGGGUGAACUGUUUCUCGAAAUACCAGGCAUCCAGGAGGAACUGAAUCUGCUUCCACCACCUCCCAGAGAUGCUGAUCCUUCCAUUCAUAGAGAGUGGAAACUGAAGAAUAAGGAACUUGCAAAUAAGUUUUCCAGUAAUAGAUCUGUAAGAUGUGAUUCCAACUACAAGUUGGAGAUUGCCAGAGCAUACCUAGGGGAAAAGUUUUAUUUUCCUCAUAAUUUAGACUUCAGAGGACGCGCUUAUCCGUUGUCCCCCCACUUUAAUCAUCUUGGAAAUGAUAUGAGUAGGGGAUUAUUGAUCUUUUGGAAGGGGAAGAGACUAGGUCCGCAAGGGUUGAAGUGGUUGAAAGUACACUUAUCUAAUUUGUUUGGGUUUGACAAGGCAUCACUUACUGAACGUAUCGCUUUCACCGAUAGGCAUAUGAAAGACAUCAAAGAGUGCGCCAUAUCUCCCCUCGGUCCAAACAGAUGGUGGAUGCAGGCGGAAAAGCCUUGGCAAACUCUUGCUACUUGUAUGGAGUUGACUGAAGCAUAUAAACUGGAAAAUCCUGAAGAUUUUAUAUCACAUCAGCCUGUGCAUCAAGACGGGACAUGUAAUGGAUUACAGCACUAUGCUGCAUUAGGUGGUGAUAUAGAAGGUGCAGCGCAAGUCAACUUAGUUCCAAAUGAUGUACCACAGGAUGUCUACAGCCACGUCGCCAAAUUGGUAGCUUCAAGACUGGAGGUUGCGGCCAAAAAAGGCGAUGAGUACGCGAAAAUACUACAAGAUAAGAUAACAAGAAAGGUGGUCAAACAGACUGUCAUGACUAACGUCUACGGUGUUACUUAUGUGGGUGCGACAUUUCAAAUUGAUAAACAAUUAUCACACAUUUUUGAGGAUCGAAAAUACUCGUUGGAACUUUCAAAAUAUCUCACAAAGCAUGUAUUUGCCGCCGUUCGGGAAUUAUUUCAAGGUGCUCAUUUGAUACAAGAUUGGCUUGGUGAGUGUGCUAAAAGAGUAUCGAAAUCGAUCAGACUAGAUGUUGACGAAAAGUCUUUUAAAAAUGGAAAUAAACCGGAUUUCAUGUCCUCCGUAAUUUGGACAACUCCAUUAGGACUGCCGAUUGUACAACCAUAUCGUGAAUUGAGCAAGAAACAAGUUACAACAAAUUUGCAGACUGUGUUCAUCAGCGAUCCAUUCUCAGUCAACCCAAUUAAUGCCAGAAGGCAGAAAGCGGGAUUCCCUCCCAACUUCAUCCAUUCGCUGGAUGCUUCUCAUAUGCUUUUAUCAGCUACUGAGUGUGGUAAACACGGACUGGAUUUUGCUUCUGUUCAUGACUCUUACUGGACACAUGGUUGCGAUGUUGAUCAAAUGAAUAUUUGUUUGAGGGAACAAUUUAUCAAACUUCAUGAAGUUGAUCUGAUCGAAAGGUUGAAGAACGAAUUCGAUGAGCGCUACAAAAAUUAUGUUCAGAUUGCAAGGAUAGACAAGCAUUCAGAACUUGCCAAGAAGAUUCUGAUUGUAAGGAACAAACUAUCAGAAUCUCUCGGAAGACCAGCAACAUUGGCAGAUGAAAUAUACAUGGAAAAAGAGCGAGUUCGGUUAAUGCGGUCUACACAUUAUGAUGAAGUUGAGAGAGGUAGGCAAAUGGUAAGUACGGUUUCAUUAGUUGAAGAACAAGAAGGUCAUGAGGAAUUAGAGUCAAAAAGAGCUGAUAUGUCUACAAUGGUGAUACUGGUUCCACUAAAAUUACCGAGUAUACCCCCAAAAGGCGAAUUUGACGUCAGAGAGCUGAGAAAUAGUAAAUAUUUUUUUUCUUGA